CGAAAACCCGGAAAAUGCAGGUUGCGGGCUGCCUGACCCGGACCAGAUCAGCCCAAGAUCUUUUUGCUUUGUCUCUCGGUAUAUACAGAGACAACCAGUACGUUAUGAGAUGGCCAACCACGUAGCAGGCCUCGCUGCUGACCAUGAAUGGCCGUCGAAUUCGACCCAGCGAGACGCAGAGGACCUGCCAAGACCACCAUGCCACUGCCCCGCUACGAUGCGAGCAGCCUCAUCUCUGCCCCGCCAUUCGCACAUGUCUCUGCUCACUUUUUUUUAUAUGCGUCUGUUGUCCACAGGCUGCAGACCAUUGUUCUUACGUGGACGCGCAGAUGGCUUCUUAUUCUUCUCCUUGUUUAGUCCGCCCGUUGCAGCAGUCACUGGCCUACUCAUUACUCACUUACAGCAAGAUCAGCAACGGCUCAGCCUCCGAAGCGCCCAAGACAGCGGAACAGCGGACAGCGGGUGGAGCGGGCACCAAAACCGCCCAGAACCAGCCCCACUGUCAGAUGUUCCCGCCCCUGUUGAAACAAACAGCGUGUUGUUUCAGCUUGUGGGAACCGCUGACAGAUUUCGUCAUUGCGCUUCUCUCGACUAUAAUCAUCACCAGUGACUCAGUUGAUGACUUUGUCUCCUGGAUUGUCUGCAGAAGUUUAGUCUGAUGAUGACUGGAGAUACCCACAGGUCCGGUAGGCACUCAUCGAUGAGAUGAACGGCGCUCAGAGUUACUUAGCGUGAUGCUUGCCUUAAAACGCCGAGAUCCGCUCACACAAAGGCCCGGGUAUCUCGAUGACCACCUAACCACACCAUCAUGGCCGUCUUUCGGUGAGGUUCGGGAGAUCCUCCCUUCUUACCGCCCAGCCAAGAAGCCAUCAAUAAUUCCCCGACUCUUGCAUGGAAACAAUCGACCAGACCUUCAGCCAUCGACCAAGCUAUAUCCCACGUUCGAAGACGUCUGGUCCCAUACAGGAUAUAUCCCGUAUAUCCUGUAUCAAGCUGGCCUGGCUCUCGUGAUUGGUCUGCCCAUUGAUCUCCAGAUCCACUUGGCUGUUUCGAGCCGCUCAACAAGGGACCCUCGUGCUUCGGGACGGUCUUCCACAUGGCUUCCUUUGAAGGUCGAUUCCGAACAUCGCCCAUUGUUUUCUGUCUCCAGAACUCUCUUGUCUUGAUGCCUCAGUGAUAUCCGUUUUUUGCCUACCACUCGUCUAUUUGUUAACGGCUAUCGCCACUGGAAACUGGCAGCAGCGGGUAAGCACCUCUAGCUGCAUCCCCACAUCUGCCACAACCACUUCAGCUGAGUGGGUGGUGGUCUAUUGUCGCACACACCUCUUUGAUUCUCCUUGGCCGGCCCCAACCCCUCGUUUCGACCCUUCACCCCGACCGACAAGGACUCAACGUUCCAUCGGGGUCGUCAACCGUUACCCCUGACCAGCAACCCGGCUCCCGAAUCUGAUCUUGGUGAUCUUUCUUGGACGGGGAAAGCAAAACUGCCAUCCCAUUUUACCGCCUCUUGAAUCCCCAAGCUUUUACCAGGCGGGGUGGUGAUCUUCCUUGAAACGACAGACCCGGUCCCCUUGACCUCUGCCCCUUUCGCCGCAGCCUCGCAGGAAGAUCCGGCCAGCUGUCGAAGCUUUCUUUAUUUACAUACCCUUCUCCUGCUUCUUUCUUCGUUUUUGCUUUCCCUUCUCGCUACCACCCGCAGCAGCAAGCAAUCCCCAACGCUGCCCGCCGAAGGAGACAGCUUCGCCUCUUACGAGUCCACUUGCUGAGCCGCACAGUAUCGGUCUACAGCUCGACCAGCACUGAGCCCCACGGUGCCAGUCCCAGCUCGACCUCCAACCUCACCUUACCAUACCUACCAACUCCCCCAUCUCAACCAUCACAAUGUCCCAACCCCCCAACCCCCGCCCAGGCCUAGGCCUCUUCACCCGAGGCCUCUCCUCCCUCUCCCAAUCAACCACAGACCCUAACUCGCCCUCCGUCACCACCCCCGCCGAGCAACGCGAUGACGCCAAACGAAACUUCCUCAAAGCCAUGCGUCCCCUCCCCACCCAGCACUACUGGAACGUCUGGUUCGACCGCCCCCCAACCUCCACCAACCCAGGGGAGGAGUACCACUCCAACCUGGAACAACUCGGCACAACCAUCGAGUCGGUCCAGGACUUUUGGCGCUACGCAAACAACACCCCCGUCGACCAGAUCCGGAUGAAAGAGUCCAUUUACCUGUUCAAGGUGGGGUUCAAGCCGAUCUGGGAAGACAGGAGAAACAUCCUGGGAGGGUCGUGGACGUUCAGAGUGCCAAAGGGGAACGGGCCGGAUGUUUGGACGAGGGUGCAGUUGUUGGCUGUAGGGGAGAAGUUGCAGAGUGUGCUUGAGGAGGGUGACCAAAUCUGCGGUGUCGGCCUCUCGGUCAGAUUCAACUCCCAUCUCAUCUCCAUCUGGCACAGAGACUCCUCCAAGAAAAAGUCCAUCGACGCCAUGCUGGAGUGCGUGCUCGAGGAGCUCCCUCCUGAGCUCACCCCCAAGCCGGACAACUACUUUUACAAGAAGCACUCUGAUCAUGCCGGGUUCAAAGUGCCGCCUGAGUUGCAGGCCGUGAUUGAUUCCCAGAAGGCGAGGGAGAAGGCCGCUGCUGAGAAGGCUGCUCAGGGGGUCCAGGCUGUGGCUGGGGAGGCGCCCGAGAUUAGGGAGGUGCCGCCUUCUUCUUGAGGAAUGGAAUGGGUGACAAAGAUGUUUAGUUUGGUCUAGUUUCGUGCAUCUAGUGCGGCGUUUGGCAUGGUUUCGAUUACGU